GGACGAUGCCGCCUACAAUAUCUAUAGCAGACAGCUCUUCCCCAUGCGCCAUGGGUACCCGCUGUGGCACCCAGAGAUCGAGCGCGGGAAGGGCCUUGAGAUGCGGAUCGGAGACGUUGGGUACCUGAAAGGAGGGGCCUUCUUCCGUAUCUUCAACGCCACUCUCCCCAGCGAUCAUCAAGACCACAGUGCAUACGGUACCCCUGACAAUCACGAGCCCUUCAGGAUCAAGCCAAUCCUCAUACACACGCAUGACGUUAUCGAGUCUCAUCUAUGCAGCCGCAGUGUGCUUUCUUACGAUUAUGAGGGCAGCAUCACUACCGUUGCGACUCCCGUCGGCGCAGGCAUGAAAUUCCAUUGCUCACAGGAACAGGGUGCGUUCGUCUUCAUGAACGUCGCCGCUGAGAAGACGAUGAUGCACGCCACCACCAAGCUCGCGCCCUUCAUGCGGAACAACAUCGACAAGUGGCACGACUUCGUCACGGGCACACACAGCCUGGACAUCUCCAAGGAAGAGAUCGUAUUCGUUUCUGGGGUGGUCAAGACGGAGGACUGGGGCCUGGGGGCGUUCAUGAACCAGGCGAAGGGUGGCGCCGUGGCGUUCUCGGCGCAGGUUCCGUUCUGCCAGGGCGCGUUCUCAGUGCAGAUGGAGAAAGGGCGGGCGAUGAACGUGCAGAUGCGUACGAAGCCGAAGCCCAGCAAUGCGAGCUUCGUGUCGAGGCCGAACUUGCUUCUGGAGAGUGCGGGGGGCUCCAAGGCUUCGGCCGCGUCUUCAUCGCAGGGAUACAGCGGGGUGGUCCCGGGCGAGUGCAAGAAGAAUCAGACGUUGUUCUUUCACUACUACAAGAUCAAGAAUCGGCUUUGGUUUCGUAAGGGGGUGUUCCAGGCUGCAGCCGGGCCGGAUGAGCGGGACCCUGAUCACACAGGCGACGGCGAGGAUGUCGCUCUCCUCUCGCAGCACAACGAAGAAUGGGACGUUGUGGAGGAACCACCUAUUGACGAGUCUUACGACCCCGUCGACUACCUUCUCGACUACAUCCUGGCUUAUCCAAUGGAGGACGGUUCAGAAGUGCCGAUCGCCAUAGCUAGCGACUUGCACAUAUAUGCUCUUUUUGAAGGCGAGGUUCCGUUAGACAUCAAAGGUGCUCUCAAAGAAUUGCUUCCGCCAGUGAUGUUCGUCGACGAUGACCGACAAGUCGCUUGCGUUGCUGUCGCAGAGUGGGCCGAGGAUAUCCCGGACAGCGAUAUCGUCUCCAGCAAAGCCGCUGGAAAGCAAAAGAGCGAUCUUCCCGCCCCAGACGACCCCGGAUCACAAGAACGACCUCCGGCGGAGGGUGAUGAUCCGAAGCCGGAAGGCGAAGACAAAGAUGCGCAACCUUCGAACAGCGAGGAUCCACAAGCCAACCCUCCCGUGACCUUACAUGAGCAUACUGGUGGCGUCACCUGCGUCUCAUUCUCUCCUGAUGGCCGAUACAUCGCCAGUGGCUCCGAGGAUACGACCGUCAUUCUCCGCGACGGGACAACAGGUGCCCUCAUCCAGAGACUCACCGAUAAUAACGAGCCUGUAUGGGCUCUCGCCUUCUCUCCUGACAGCACUCGUCUGUGCACUGGCGCCAAUAAUGGUAUGGCCCUAAUUUGGGACGUCGAGGCGCGCUCCGUGGUCACCGUACUCGACGGCCACACCGGCCUAGUGCAGACAAUCGCCUACUCCCCGGACGGCCAGAAGAUUGUCACGUCCUCUGUCGACUUCAGUGCACGCGUCUGGGAUGCGACGACCGGCACGCUCAUUCACAAAUACGAGGACCACGGCGCAGUCGUCAUGUCAGCCAUCUUCUCACCUGAUGGCCUGUGGGUGGCGACUUGUGGCGCAGACUACAGUGCGAAGAUAUGGCACGCCGAGAACGGCACGCUCCAUCACUCGCUCGAUGCACACAAGGGCGUCGUCUGGUCAAUCGGGUUCUCCCCCGACAGCCGCCGCCUGAUCACAGGUUCGGAUGACAUGACGAGUCGUAUCUGGCGGGUCACGGAUGGCGAAGAGCUCGUGAUCCUGCACGAGCACCAGGGACCUGUCUGGGCCGUCAGGUUCUCCUCCAACGGCAAGUACAUUCUGUCGGCAUCGAAUGACGCCACGAUCAAGGUGUGCGACUCGUUCACGGGCGAGCGCAAGCAUGUGUUCAACAGGCACGACACGCUUGUGAACGCGGCGGUGUUCUCGCCCGAUGGGAAGUGGAUCGCGUCGAGUGCAAGCAAUAACGUGGUGAUGGUGUGGAACACGGAGACGGGCAAAAACUUGCCUGUGAUGGAAGGGCACCUUGACAAGGUGACUGGGUUGCAGUUCUCUCCCGAUGGAGAGAGGCUUGUGUCGUGCUCGGAUGAUGGUAGUGUGCGUAUCUGGACGCUGCCAGAUAAUGCGGAUGGGAUUCUAGAACUCGUCCCUGCGCCAGAGACAGUGCAGCAAUGAGUAGCCGUGCAGAAUUCCUUCGUGUCGUUUUUCUUCGUCAUAGCUAGCCUGCCAGUGCGUUCACUUCGAUCCGGAAGGAUAACUACCCCAUGUAUUGAAUACCAAUCACC